AGAGCCUUAAGUUGAACACAAGCAGAGAGAAUUAUCAGUGUAGCUGGGAGUAUAUUCAAAGCAUUUCCAUAUCCAGGCAAAGUUACUAUCACACUACGAGGAAGAUCUCUCGGUGAAGCUGACAACUCAGCGUGUUUGAUCCCUAUAAUCUGAGAUCCACCCCUUCUGGCGAUAAUCUGAGUCCAAAAUGGUGACACGACAGUUUGAAGGAAAGCAGCAAGCAUCUGAUUAUCAGAAAUUCAGGUUUGACCCGUCGCAAGAAAUAAUAGACCUUAUCUUCAGUUACGUGGAUGAAAGGUUUCCCAAACUAUCUGAAUUUGCUGUGGACGCUGGCUGUGGAACGGGACAGAACACAAGAGUUCUCGCUCCAUACUUCAAGAAAGUUCUCGGAAUCGACAUCAGUGAGGCUCAGAUAGAAGAGGCCAAGAAAGCCACGAGGUCACCCAAUGUCACAUACAGGGUCUGUCCAGCUGAAGAGGUGCCGGUUGGUGACACUUCUGUUGAUCUACUAACAGCGAGUAUUGCUGCCCAUUGGUUUACCAUUGAGAAAUUUCUAAAAGAGGUCGAUCGGAUCUUAAAGCCAGGAGGCUGCCUUGCUAUCUUCACCUACCUCCCCAGUAUGGAAGUCCACUACAAGGACUGCUCAGAACAGAUGACUCAAGUCUUUGCAGAGGUGGGAGAUAGUCUUGUCCCCUAUGAGCAUGAGAAGAUUUAUCAUCUCAAGAAUGGAUGCAAGGAAAUGUAUGAAUCCAUCCCAUACCCCGACAAAAGAAGGAUAGAAAACAUUGUGACCAAGUUUCCUAUGCCAUUGUCAGGCCUGAUGGGUCUUAUUCAGACCUUCCCCGAGGUCCAGAUCUUUCUUAAGACUAAACCUGAGGAAGCAAAGGAAAUGCUAAGAACAGCAGAGGAAAGGUUCCUUCGGCUCAUGGGGACGUCCUCCAGUGAAACGGAGGUUGAAGUUUGGCUACAAAACGUCCUGAUAUUGGCUUCUAAACCUCAGUGAAGGAAGAGUUUGGAAAACCAACGCUGAACCCUGCAAGAUGUGGCUGGAGACCCCGCUGAUCCGAAUUUAGCAUAUCACAGUUUCAAUAUGUCAGAUGUACAAAAAAGAAAAAUCUCGCACAAUCUUCUUUGUAUAAAAUCAAACCACAAAGUAAAUAUAUACACCUAAGAGUUAACAAUGAGACAAAAUCAUCAAAUGUGACAAUGUAGCAAAAAGUCCAAAUAAAGAAAAACGUAUCUAACGGUAUA